AUGUUCCGUGACGAGGAGGUGCAUAUCAACAUGGCAACAGAUACACCCCAGCGUCUUGACAGCAAAAUCUGCCCUGCAGACGAUAAUGAUGAGCCAUUCUCGGAUGCUUCCAGCACGUACUGGCCCGAAGGAUGGAAUUGGGCACGUCUGAGCGACCCCGAGGCGAAUCUUGCCGCUCUACCCGAGGAUGAAAAAAUCAAGAUGUUCGACGGUUUGAAGGAAGUACUCGGAGAAGAGGGAGUUGGCAGGUUGUCAGUCUACAGGAGGCGAAAGUAUCAGAGACGUCAGGAUCAGCAGCCGCGGGAUGCGGGUGUCCCUCCACCCGAAUAUAAAGCACCAGAAUACCUCAAAUUAUCACGGCAACGAUACUCCAAUGGCCACCCUUGGGGAUUCGUUGCAUUCCGCACCGUCCUAUACGAUAACGAGGAGAUGUGGAUGGAAUUCAAGGAUCGAACCCAGAAAAUCUUAAAUAUUGCCUUCGACCAUGUAGUGGAGGACCAUAGAGGACAUGAGUACGAGGAGGUUGCGUUAGCACGGAAGAAUUUUACCCUUCAUUGGGUUGAAGAUAAAGAGCUCGAUGGCGCCAACGAGGACACCCUUCGUGAAUGGUAUAGAAAAGUCAAGGAGGCUGUACCAGCCGGUAUGGGUUAUAACCUCUUCCUAUCUACUUGCUCCGAGUCUGUGGACUUAGUUCUGUCUGGCCGCCUCCCUAACCUCGAUUCGUUUCAUUGGCGUGACGAUGCGCCAUUCCUACUUGUCGUCAUGGAAUCAACCGAAGAGAAUCCCCAUGGAGACGAUGAGGAGGAGCCUUAUGACCCCUACGAUCCCCAUCAUGAGAAGAAUUGGUAUCAGUCUGUCUUCAAGGUGCCUAUUGAGAUUAUUCCCGACACACUCUGGCCGGAGAUUGAAAUGGCGAUAACUCCGCCCACCAGGCUCACACGUAAAGUCAAGGGGUUUAACCACCUACUGGGAGGACAGAAGCCAAGGGAGAUACCUCUUAUAGGCGAUUUGAAUGAACUGUGGUGGGGGAUGAUGCCAUCACCAAGGCGGCUACGCGAGAGAGCCAAGCUUAGAGGGUUUCCUGAGCCUAUCUAUUUCUUUUGA